AUGGAAAACUACACGAUGUGGAGUAAUUUUACUCAAGUUCUGUCGGAGCUGGACGGGACAAGCGGAGAGGAAGAGGAGGAGGAGGAAAGGGAGGAUGGGGGAAGCGGAGGAGGGAACGGCGGGCUGCGCGUCCUCGUCGGCUGCGUACUGUUCCUGCUCAUCGUGUCCACGCUGCUCGGGAACACGCUGGUGUGCGCAGCCGUGGUGAAGUUCCGCCACCUGCGCUCCAAAGUCACCAACUUCUUCGUCAUCUCGCUGGCCGUGUCAGACCUGUUUGUGGCCGUGCUAGUGAUGCCAUGGGAAGCCAUCACUGAGGUGACUGGCACGUGGCUUUUUGGCCGGUUUUGUGGUGUUUGGAUCGCCUUUGACAUCAUGUGCUCCACGGCCUCCAUCCUCAAUCUGUGCAUCAUCAGCGUGGACCGCUACUGGGCCAUCGCCAGCCCGUUCAAGUAUGAGCGGAAGAUGACUCACCGGGUGGCGUUUGUCAUGAUUGGGGUAGCGUGGACGCUGUCAAUCCUGAUCUCCUUCAUACCGGUGCAGCUCAACUGGCACCGGGCUGGGGAGGAGGAGGAGGAGCUGGUGGAGGAGUUGGUGGAAAUGAUGAGCAGGAACUUCACGAACAGCAGCAACCUCAACACCAGCACCGCCGCCAAGAGCUGCGUCGCUAACUUGAACAAAACCUACGCCAUCUCCUCCUCCCUCAUCAGCUUCUACAUCCCCGUGGUGAUCAUGAUCGCCACCUACACCCGCAUCUACAGGAUCGCUCAGACCCAGAUCCGCCGGAUCACAUCUUUGGAGCGGGCGGCGGAGCAGGCACAGAACCAAGGCUACGGCGUUAACAGGAACCAGCACCAACAGAACAGGAACAACGAUGAAGCCUCUUUAAAGUCAUCGUUCAAGAAGGAAACCAAAGUCCUGAAGACGCUCUCCAUCAUCAUGGGGGUGUUUGUGUUCUGCUGGCUGCCAUUCUUCGUCCUCAACUGCACCGUCCCAUUCUGUGACCCGCCCUGCGUCAGCGACACCACCUUCACCGUCUUCGUGUGGUUCGGCUGGGCCAACUCCUCCCUUAACCCGGUCAUCUACGCCUUCAACGCAGAUUUCCGCCGGGCCUUCGCCACCAUUCUGGGCUGCAACAGGAUCUGCUCGAGCAACGCGGUGGAAGCUGUGAACUUCAGCAACGAGAUGGUUUCUUAUCACCACGACACAACACUCCAGAAGGAGACGCUGGUCCCCGCACAGCCACAGCAACACGCUCGCACCAUUAACGUUGGGUCCGACCACUUGGAGGACAUGAGCGCACAGUUUGACGAGGAGUCGCUUAUUUCGAAUGGUUCACAGAGCCACAACAGACUGCUGCUGCUUCCUGCCACUGUACAGCUGGAAGAUGACCCGGAGAUCUCCUUGGAGACGAUCACACCGUUCACAUCCGUGGCGGGGCUGGAGAGUGAUGCGCUCAUACCCGGACAAGUCUACCAGGAUGGAUAG